UUUCUUUACGGUGUCAUCAUCCAGCGUGGGUUUCGCUCUUCAAAAAAAAAUCCAGUUGAAGUUACUGCGAAUAGAUCAGGAUGACGGAACGCAAAGGAACAGCAAAACUUGACUUCUUGAAGAAGAUUGAGGAGGAGGUUCAGCAGAAAUGGGAGCAGGAAAAGCUUUUUGAGAAUGAAGCCCCAGCUACCAUUGGGGAAAAUACGAAUAGGAACAAGUACUUUAUUACAUUUCCCUACCCAUAUAUGAAUGGGAGACUUCACCUCGGCCAUACGUUCUGCCUUUCUAAGUGUGAGUUUGCAGUGGGUUACCAGCGGCUUAAAGGAAAGCAGUGUCUUUUCCCAUUUGGGCUUCACUGCACUGGGAUGCCUAUCAAAGCAUGUGCAGACAAGCUGAAGAGAGAAAUGGAGCUGUAUGGUUAUCCACCCCAAUUCCCUGAAGAAGAUGAAGAGGAGGAAGAGCAGAAGAAGACCUCUGAUGAAGUCAUCAUCAAGGACAAGACAAAGGGCAAGAAGAGCAAAGCUGUAGCGAAGUCUGGAAGCUCCAAGUUCCAGUGGGACAUCAUGAAAUCUCUGGGACUGCAGGAUGCUGAAAUUGUGAAGUUUGCUGAAGCUGAACAUUGGCUGGAUUAUUUCCCUCCUCUUGCUGUAGAAGAUCUGAAGAAAAUGGGUCUAAAGGUGGAUUGGCGUCGUUCCUUUAUUACCACCGAUGUAAACCCCUUUUACGACUCCUUUGUGAGGUGGCAGUUCAUCAAUUUGAAAGAGAGAAAAAAGAUCAAGUUUGGGAAAAGAUAUACAAUUUAUUCUCCUAAAGAUGGGCAGCCCUGCAUGGAUCAUGACAGACAGACAGGAGAGGGAGUUGGUCCUCAAGAGUACACUCUCAUUAAGAUGAAGGUUGUGGAACCUUACCCAACAAAACUGGGUGCUCUUAAAGGCAAGACCAUUUUUCUGGUUGCUGCAACCCUGAGGCCUGAAACCAUGUUUGGUCAGACGAAUUGCUGGAUUCGACCAGAUAUGAAGUACGUUGUGUUUGAGACGGCCAAUGGCGACUUGUUCAUCAGCACGCAGCGGUCAGCCAGGAACAUGUCCUAUCAAGGCUUUACCAAAGAGAAUGGAGUGGUUCCUGUGAUCAUGAACAUCAUGGGACAGGACGUCCUUGGCUGUGCAUUGAGCGCUCCUCUCACCUCAUACAAGACCAUUUAUGCCCUGCCAAUGCUCACCAUUAAAGAAGACAAAGGAACUGGAGUCGUCACCAGUGUGCCGUCAGAUGCACCAGAUGAUAUUGCAGCUCUAAGGGACAUUAAAAAGAAACAGGCAUUGAGAGAGAAGUAUGGAAUUCAAGAUUUUAUGGUGCUACCAUUUGAGCCGGUUCCCAUCAUUGAAAUUCCAGGGUAUGGGAAUCUGUCAGCUCCACUGGUGUGUGAUGAACUUAAGAUCCAAAGCCAGAAUGACAGGGAGAAACUGGCCGAGGCUAAAGAGAAGGUCUACCUUAAGGGCUUUUACGAAGGGAUCAUGUUGGUGGAGGGUUUCAAAGGACAGAAGGUGCAGGAUGUGAAGAAGCCCAUUCAGAAAAUGAUGGUGGAGAAGGGUGAAGCACUGAUUUACAUGGAGCCUGAGAAGCAGGUGUUAUCUCGGUCUGCAGACGAGUGUGUUGUGGCAUUGUGUGACCAGUGGUAUCUGGAUUAUGGCAAUGAGGAGUGGAAAAAGCAGGCCUACGGUGUCCUGGAGGAUCUGGAGACGUUCUGUGAUGAAACCAGAAAGAACUUUGAAGCAACGUUGGCUUGGCUUCAGGAGCACGCCUGUUCCAGAACGUAUGGAUUAGGAACCCGGUUGCCAUGGGAUGAACAAUGGCUCAUUGAGUCCCUGUCGGACUCCACCAUCUAUAUGGCCUACUACACCGUGGCACAUCUCCUCCAGGGAGGGGUCCUCAGUGGACAAGGACCUUCGCCACUGGGAAUCCGACCCCAGCAGAUGACGAGGGAGGUGUGGGAUUACAUCUUCUUCAAAACAUCACCUUUCCCAAAGACGGACAUCCCGAAGGAGCAUCUGCAGAAGCUCAGGCGGGAGUUUGAGUUCUGGUACCCUGUAGACGUCAGAGUAUCGGGGAAAGAUCUGGUGCCAAACCAUCUCUCCUAUUAUCUCUACAAUCAUGUAGCCAUGUGGCCCAAUGACAGUGGAAAAUGGCCGCAAGCUGUACGUGCUAAUGGUCAUCUUCUGCUAAACUCUGAAAAGAUGUCCAAAUCCACUGGCAACUUUCUCACUUUGAGUCAAGCCAUUGCCAAGUUUUCAGCAGAUGGUAUGCGUUUGGCUUUGGCUGAUGCGGGAGACACUGUGGAGGAUGCUAACUUUGUCGAGGCUAUGGCGGAUGCGGGAAUACUACGUCUCUUUACUUGGGUGGAAUGGGUGAAGGAGAUGAUCGCUAAUCAGAACAACUUAAGGACUGGACAUGCAGACACAUUUAAUGACAGAGUGUUUAUAAGUGAAAUGAAUUCCGGCAUCAUUAAAACAGAUCAGCACUAUGAGAGAAUGAUGUACAAGGAGGCAUUGAAAAGUGGCUUCUUUGAAUUCCAGGCUGCCAAGGAUAAAUACAGGGAGCUGGCCAUCGAGGGCAUGCACAAAGAUCUUGUGUUCCAGUUUAUCGAGAACCAAACACUCCUGCUGGCUCCCAUCUGCCCACAUCUGUGUGAACACACCUGGUCCCUGUUGGGAAAGAGCAGUUCUGUAAUGAAGGCUCUAUGGCCUACAGCUGGUCCAGUGGACGAGAUCUUGAUUCGAUCUUCACAGUAUCUAAUGGACACUGCCCAUGACCUCCGCCUUCGCCUGAAAGCCUACACACAGCCAGCCAAGGGCAAGAAGGGAGACAACAAACCACCAGCUAAGCCCACGCACUGCACCAUCUAUGUUGCAAAGACCUACCCGCCCUGGCAGCACAGCGCCCUCUCUCUGCUUGGCAAACAUUACAAGAGCAACAAUGGAGCUUUACCUGACAAUAAGGUCAUCGCCAUGGAGCUUGGAGCCAUGCCUGAGCUGAAGAAAUACAUGAAGAGAGUGAUGCCCUUUGUAGCUAUGAUAAAGGACAACCUAGAGAAAAACGGGCCCAGGGUUCUUGACCUAGAACUGGAGUUCGAUGAGCGUGCUGUUCUGCUGGAAAACAUUGUUUAUCUGACUAACUCACUUGAGUUGGACCAGAUAGACGUUGUGUUUGCCUCUGAAGCGGAUGAGAAAGUGAAGGAGGACUGUUGCCCUGGGAAACCGUUCUGUGUCUUCAGAUCUGAGCCUGGAGUGAUAAUCUCACUGGUGAACCCUCAGCCAUCCAACGGUCUGUUCUCCACCAAGAUAGACAUCCGACAGGGAGACAGCAAAGACAGCAUCAUUCGCAGACUAUCCCGAGUCAACAGAGGCAUCAAAGAUUUAUCCAAAGUGAAGCUGAUGCGUUAUGAGGAUCCUGUUCUCGGACCACGGAGAAUCCCAGUUCUGGGGAAGGAAGAGGAAGGUAAACUUCCAGUCUCAAACAGUUCAGUCUUCCACAUCAGCUUGCAAGAAAACAAAGUUCAUAUGAGCGACAACGGCCUGAAAGUGGACAUUGGAGAUGCUUUAAUCUACCUGGUUGAGUAGCAUCUGAGACUUUGUUGUUUGUUCGUUCUUUCCUUCCUUUCUUCUUUUUUUUGUCUUGGCGUAUAACUUCAAACAAUAGUGUUAAUACUGCUGAGUAACUAGUUCAUUUACCGUUAUCUAGCAUUUAUUCUUGUCUCAGCAAUUGGUAACUUUUUUAUUUAAGGUUCUCCAAUGUCUGCAUAAAAAAUAUCAUGAUAAUAGCAUCCAUUUCUACACUCUCAGAAAUAAAGGUACAAAAGCUUUCACUGGGGUAUCAGGUUUGUACCUAGAGGUUCCAUAUUGGUACCGUAAAGUGUACAUAUUAGUACCUAUAAAUGACAAAAUGUCCUUUUGUAAAAGGUUGACAAUUGUUGUACCUUUAUUUGUGAAAUGUAUUGUUUUAAUUAAUAAAAGAAUAACAGGAAAUGUGAAUUCAAUCAAUACUCAUUCAGGCUUAUGGCUUGAUAUGGACAUACGCUGUUGUUGUGUUUUUACAGAUGAGUUUCGAAGGUAUUUUCAUAACGUUUAUUCUACCUGUUGGAUAUGACUGAAAUUUUAACAUCCGUCCUGAAUUUACAAUUGUCUUUGCAUGUGGGAAUCAGUCAUCAGAAAAGACAUGAUCGGGUCAGUGGAUUGCCUGUUAAUUGCCUGUAUUUUUGUCAGAAAGCCUCAUUAAGACAUCAAUUUCUUUUCCUUUUUCCCGUCUCAGAUUAAAUAUUUAGUGAACACAAUAAAAAUAUGCAAAAAAAUUUA